UGGCGAAGGAGCAAAAGGAAAAGGAACCCGGGCGAAGAAGAAAGAAUAGAAAACAAGCGAAGAGUAAUGAGAGAUUUUUGGGCGAACAAGGAAGGGAGAAAGGAAGUGAUCGGAGAGUGGACGAUCAAAGGAGAACGACAGGGUAUUCUAUAGUAGGGGUACUUAGGAUUGAUUGAAAGCGGGAUAUGGGCCACGUGCUUCGGUGCCUUUACGAUCGUAUAUAGGCACCGGUCGACCGAGUGGUCACUACCAUACGCUGAUAGUCAUACACCCGAGUCGCGCGAGAUAAAAGAGGAAAAGGAACGUCGUCCGCGAGGAAGAGGUAAAAGAGGAAAGGAAGGAAGAGGAAAGAGCACGAGAAGAGAAUACAAUAUAGACAGAGAGGGAACAGGCAAGAGAAACGACCUACCGACAAGCAAGGCAGACAGACAGAAGUCCGCCUUCCACUUCCAUUGCCAACCUUACGCAGGUUCACUCCUACUAUAACGACGAACGAACAGCCUGCCUCUGCUCGCUCGCCUGCCUAUAGCUGGCUUCUCCUUCUCUGUUUCUAUACCUACCUACCUACCUUCUCGGCGCGCCGUGGUUUAACUCGGACAGAGGCGAGAGGUGAUACACUCGAUACACUCAGCCGGACGAGGGCGACGAAGACCUCAGUCACCUUCUGACAUUCGGUAUGGUACGACCUUACCCCACCGCCGUGCGGUUAACAAGGUAUCGCCGAAACAAGGGUUGAGAACGUUCCGAAAAGACCCGAGACACGGGAUCGAGGUGGACAGCCCAUGAAAGGGAUAAUCACCUAGAGCGAGAGAGAGAGAGAGAGAGAGAGACCAAGAAAUCGGGAAAAACCAAGAAAAGAACGAUAAACGAAAAAAAAGAAAGGGCCGUCGCACAGCUACCAUCGACGCGGACCACCCUUAACGGUGUACUAAGCUGUCGAUUCCCCCCUCCUCACGGCACAUUCUUAAGCACCUACCUCCCCUCCUCCUCUUCUUCAACCUCCCUCUGAGACAACUCUCGUAACCCCCUUCUCUCCCCUCGUAUAAAAAUCAGUGCAUCGCGUGUGACGGGAUCAGUACUAAACGGGUUGUGAUUCUGUGCGGACAGUUUUUCAAGUGUGACCAUCGUCACCGGUAGCCGGAGCACACGGGACAGUCCUGACGGAGCAGACACAGAAGUCUACGGCAUUCUGUCUUCUAUUAUUUAUUUUUAAAUAAAUAUAACACGACGCCUGACAAGCAGUUAUCCACACGAUUCGUAACCACCACGACAGUAUAUACACGCUCGAUGACAGGGUGCCACUGACCCGCGCCUUCACGCAGCUAGUACGGUGUAGCGUUGGAGCGGAGACACGCGAGGAUAGAUACGCGUCUCGCUUGCUCCUUGGCUGCCACGCGCCACCGCGAGUGCCUGCGUGCGUCGAGAGAGUGAUCAAGUGCUAUGCGAAUAUGACAGUCGCGAAGAACACAUCGGUCGCUAAAGAUCGGCAGUUGACAAUGGAGGCGAUUCUAGUUCGUGACCAAAGAACCACCUCGCACAGGGUUCUCGAUCAUGACACCUCGGCGAAUUACUUGGCCAACGGGAAACCAGCUGGCAACACGAUGACAACAACGACGAAGAAGUGUAAAACCGUCCUUAACGCGAACUACCAAUACGCGGCAGUAAUUGCACCGAGAAUAGAAAGUAAUGUCCACAAGAAGAAACACUUGCCAUGUGAUUCGUGCCUCGUACCUGCUUUUUACGACGACCGAAGGAUACGCGCAUCCGUCACCGCGACCACGUGGUUGAGGUUAGGCAGUCUUCUGGUGACUCUGCUCGUGGUAUCGGUGCACGGCGCUCCGACGAUGACCCUCGAGAACAGACGACUGAGUUCGCCCCCGAAAUGGGUGAACCCUUGCGGCCUUGCAGCCGAAGACUUUACGGGUGAUUUGGACGUGGUGCAGCUAACAGACUCGCAGCUUCUUCAGCAAGUUGUCGUUCAAGCGAAAACUGCGUUAAUGCACGCAGAAAUUUUUCGUGACGAUUAUGCCAAGCGAACAUUUAACAUCGACUUCGCCGAUUUGCAUUCAUCAUUUAAAAACCAUCAUUACGAGUGGCUACCUGGCUCGACAGAAAUUCCCAAACAGCUAGGGGAACCUUUAGCUCAAGAAUACCUCGCCAGAUUAGAACUCGAUACGGCACUCAUCAAUGCAUAUGAAUACAUGCAAAAGUAUGCGGUAGGCUUGGAACAAAUUGUUUGGGAUCAAGAGGAGUUUCAGCUUGAGUUCCGGAGACAAUUUAAGGACACCGAGAACAAGCUGCGAACGGUUCUUUGCGAGCUGCAAGUGGCACUGGUGGAGCGUCAAUUGUCACCACGACCGGACGUGACGCGGGACAUCAUGAAGUCUGAAUACCGCGAAAUGUCAGCAGAGACGUUUAGAAACCUGCGCGACUGGCUGAUCUUUCGAGAUUACAUGAACGGCCUUGAAUACGUGGUGGAGGUGUUCGAGCACCUACGCCGCGGUCUUCAGUCCUGAGGAUGGCAAGGCGGAAGCCAAAGAAGGGCUACCAGGCGUCGACUCAUCCGUCUCAGGAAACCGGAACAGCCCAACCUAGAUGACAGCCAACUCUCGUCAUUGGUUGGAGCAAACAAGUGGGUAAACACAAUGGCAGUAACCGGGCGUGCUUUGUCAGGCGCGUUAAGGGUUACUCCGUCUCGUUUCCGGUGAGAGACACGCAUCCACGAUGACGAUCGACCUAUCCGUCGGUCGUAUCAGUCGCAAUCGGUGAGAAUCGAUCGAUAUUCCGUAUCGUCGGAACGCGGACACGCGCGCGUGUAUCAAGCUGACCAGCAGCGUUGCUUCGAGACUGAGACAGGAUCGACCAAAAGAACUCUUUUAACGAGUCUCGCCGAUUACAUAUACGCACCAUCGAUACUCGGGGUUCCAGCGAGAUCUGGGAGAGAACGAGGAGGAUGGAAGCAGGAAGCAGAGUCGUACCAUGCGCAACCCAUUGGCUUUCGCCGCCGUAGUCACACGAUCGUAUGCGAGCACGUGCAUAAUAUCACUACCUAUAGUUUUGUUUACACGUCUACGCACGCUAGCACGCGUUCUCCUAACGCGUUUCGUGAAAAAAAAAAAGGAAUCCGUGUCCAAAGUAUUGUAUAAUCGUACUGCAGGAGAUUGAACGAAACGGUAAAGGACUACGAAGAUUAGCCAGUUUUGAGCGAUAUCUUCACACUUCGUUGAGAUUCUUAUCAUCGAACAAAAUUGUUGUAGUCUAGUUUCUCCUCCCUUAUGAUUUCUCUCACGUCGCUUCGUACAAAUUUUAAAUACUUACCCCGUAACAUGUUUUACCUGUGAAUACCUUAACGCGUUUCACUAUUUUAUCAUCAGACGCGAUUUAUUUUCAUUUUAAUCGACUAGUAUUCAACAUCAUCCAGCGAAAUUAUUUUCAAUCGAUAAAUUAUUCAAAACGGAAAUAUUCGAUCGAUGAAAUGUAUUAUCCAUGAACGGUCAUCGAUGAUCAUUAUUGUCGAUCCAGUACGGUGUUCUUAUUCCCUUUUGAAUAGUUUCUCGUUUGAGAUGUAGGUACUCGGUUUUUAUUUCGAAAUUUCAAACCAGCCACACCGACAAGUGUUUCGCAUUGAAGAACGUGAAAGGGAAAGGAAUAAGACGUGAAAGAGGUUGAGCCGAUGAGGAUAGAGAGAGAGGGAUUCAAAGGGAAUCCGUCUAAACGAGCUUGUGCACCGCAGCGGUAUUAUAUCCUAAGUAUACAAGAAAGUACAGUAUUCGCGCUUUAACUUAGACUAUUUGCGUCGGGCGAGAAGAAAGUAAGGAAAUUCUGUGCGCGUAGCUACGUCGCGUGGUAUAACACGCGAGCAAAGGAUAGCGACGAGGACGGAGUAUAUUUCGAACGUCUCGUCGAGCACAAGAACUGGAGGGAGAAACGAAGAAAAUGAGAAUCUAAUCUCUCGACCAGCCAUCUGCGUCCCCCUCUUAAUCCUAAAUAUUAAUUUAUUGACUAACUGUAAUAUUAUUAUAUUUGUAUUUAUUCAGAUUAUUUAUUUUAUUUUUAUAAAGAUUUUACAUGUCCGAUUAACUAUAUUUGAAGUGUCUAGUUGAGCUUACGAUUACAUAGAAUGUAAGGGAGAGAUACAGAAGGAUAUAUAUUAUUAUUAUUAUUAUUAUUAUUAUUAUUAUUAUUAUUAUUAUUAAUUAUUAUUAUUAUUAUUAUUAUUAUUAAUAUCAUUAGUCGAAUUUUUCAUAGUAUCGUAGGGAAAAGAAGAAGGAAACGCAUCGACGCGGCCCAACGCCAUUAUACGUUACGCGCCGCGCUGCUGCUGCAACUCUCUUCGCUUUGACGUACCUUUGCACGGUAUGGACAUACAAAUUCGAUAGAGAUCACAGCAACGUCCGUUCCUCACGUACUUUUUAUUCAUUGCGAUGAUAUAUUUACACGCGCAAAAUACGAGCUACAUUUUUUUCAAUUAAUUUUAAAAUCGAUCUUAUAAUACGGUAUUGAGAUUCAAUGGGUGGUCCUUUUAGAGAAAUCUCUUUUCUUUCUUUCCCUUUUUCAUUCUCCUUUUUUUUUUUUUAAAUGCAGUUUUCGACACUUUCACUUUUUUUUUCGAUACCCGAGGCUGUUUCAGACUUGAAAUGCAAGUUUCAGCGACCCGAAAGCUCCUUUUUUUUAUUCUUUUUUACUAACUAGUACAACCCGUUUAUUCUUUGAACUUAAGGAAUUUUAAACAUUAAUCCAAUUCAUUUUAUGUAUAUUACUAAGGUUUCUAUUUAAAUUUUAUUUCUUCCCUUUCAAACUUUUUUAUGAGCUUUCGCAUCGAGGAAGACGUGUCGCCUAACAGAAUGUCGAAGACAGUCGACUGCGCAGACUUUUCGUACUUACAAUUUGUCAUUCGAGCUUAGAUAUACAGCUAAUUGUUUCGUCUUGCAACGAAAACGCUGACGAAUCUUGUCUAUCGUAUAUUUAAUUUGCGUGCAAAUGACGGCCUAUAAGCUUACCAUUAGAUAGUCGGUACAGAGUGUGCAGUAAGUUCGUAACUAAUAGCACGCGUAAUUCUGGAAUGUAUUACACGAGAAAAAACACCUUCAAUUCCAUAUCAUCGUAUCUGUGAUAUGCAUCGUGAACGCCCCUCAUACAAUUAAUUAUCAUCCAUUGAAUCAAGCUACGUGUACCCGAUUCUUCUACACUUUGGAGAAAUGGAAAAAGCGAACGGAGGAAGAAAAAAAUAUUACGUACGAGUUAGAUGUACGAGAGAAAGCGCGCGUGUAUGUGUCUGUUACAUUGUGAACGAAUGACAGAAAGAGAGAAGGAAAGACAGGCCGAUCUGUGCGGCUGUCGAUCUCGCGAAUCGAUCUCGAAAUGCGCAUUUCAUUUUAUCAUCCUGUUUUAUAUAUUUUUAUUUAAUAGACGGUCGUUCAUCCUUAGAAAGAAUUGAUCAUUUUCUAGCAUCUUUAUCUCUUAUUAAAAUAAGGAAGACUGCCAUUUAAGUUCGAUCGCUCCGCAACCGCAGAUCUACUGGUCUAGCGAAAAGUCGAACGCGUUCGUCAUCGAGAACAGAUCACACAGAGUUACCUACUUUAAGAUUGGACUUUGAAUGUAUUAUUAUUCGGUCAUAAGCAGCAGCGCAGCUUGUGCAAGCGUCGAUUAGCAAAGUAAUUCUGCCGGCUGCCGAUCAGAUGAAACCGUCAAAAAUUCGCAUGAAAUCACUGCGAAAAUCACGUUUCUCGGCAAUCUCUGUCUUCUGUUACCCAUGUAGAAAAUAGGUGUAACGUACCUACCGAAACAAGGGUCCAGCCGGUCCAAAGUAAAAUUUUGAAUGUGAAUAAUUCAAUGAGAAUGUGCUUGACUCGUCGAAUCGUAACGAUUGAAUUGAGUUACGUAAAUAAUCGAUUCCGGUGAUGUUUUCUACAGGCACAUUCUACGCGCGAUAUAUGGGAAAAAUUUCGUGUAAAGUAAAUAUCGAUUGCUUGGUAUAUGUUGUACAUAAACACAUUUGAUGAUGUAGAAAAUGAAAAAUAUAAGUAUACAUGUGAAUAUGUAAUAUGUAAACGGGCCCCCCUCUCCCCGAAUGCCCGCUCUGUUGUAUCAUAUUAAACCAAAGACAGAUCAACAUGGAA